AUGUUUCUUUUAAGGCUCAGCACAUGGAGUAGUAAGCUGCUGCCCAGGAUUGUUAUGUCUCCCGCCUCUCAACCUGUAAGCACACGGUUUUUCUCAGUUAGUCCAGUAUCUUUUGCUACACUGAACCAGAUUAAGAGGGGUGUUCAGCCUCCGAGACGUAAGAAAGAAACAGAAUCGCCAGAUCUAGAACGUUGUCCUAUCCGCAAGGGUGUUGUUCUUAGGGUCAUGGUGCUCAAGCCCAAGAAACCGAACUCGGCGCAAAGAAAGGCGUGUAGAGUAAGAUUAACUAACGGAAAUGUGAUAUCUGCAUACAUCCCGGGCGAGGGCCACAAUGCACAAGAACACAGUAUAGUGUAUGUUCGAGGAGGUCGUUGUCAAGAUCUUCCUGGUGUGAAAUAUCACGUUGUGCGCGGUGCUGGUGAUCUGGCAGGUGUUGUUAAUAGGAUUUCCUCGAGGUCGAAAUAUGGUGUCAAGAGACCACAGAAAGAAUAG